AUGAAAGGAAAAAUGAAAAAGAAGUUGAAAUCUGAUAAAGUCACAGACAGUAGAAGAGCCGGUGCUGAGGUGAAAAGUGAAAAUUUUGAGCAGCAAACCUGGGCUGAUCUGCCUGUUGAACUCUUAGAGUUGAUCUUCUCUCGCUUGGUUGUGGUGGAUAACAUUCGAGCUUCUGUUGUUUGCAAGAGAUGGCAUUCAGUUGCAAGUUCUGUACGUCCAGUGAACCAAUCACCCUGGCUUAUGUAUUUCCCAAAAAAGGAUAACCGAUAUGACUUUUAUGAUCCUGUGCAGCGAAAAACGUAUUCCCUCGAGUUUCCAGUGUUAGAUAGGUGUCGUGUUGUCUAUACGAAAGAUGGUUGGUUAUUGGUGAUACGUCGGAACUGGUGGCCUGAUGAUCACCCAUAUUUUUUCUUUAAUCCCUUUACUAGGGAGCUGAUCAAGCUGCCUAGAUUUAACGCUGCAAACCCCAUUGCCGCCUUCUCUUGUGCUCCAACAUCAGCUGAUUGUGUGAUAUUUACAGCUAAGCAUGUUGGUUCUACUGUAGUAGCUAUUAGCACAUGUUAUCCUGGGGCAAAAGAAUGGACAACUGUUAACUAUGGAAACCGCUCUUAUUUUUCCUGUUGCACAAGGACUAAGAUUGUCUUUUCUAAUGGGUUAUUUUAUUGUCUGAGUUACGAAGGUUUUCUAGGCGCAUUUGACCCGGUUGAAUGUACUUGGACUGUUCUGGAAGUACCCCCACCCAGAAGCGUAAAGAGUGUUAUUGCCAGACAAGGACGGAAAGGGAAAUUUAUGACAGAGCACGAAGGAAAUAUAUUUGUUAUUCAUAUAUCUUGUCCCGAGAGUCCAAUUAUUUUCAAGUUAGAUCACACACUAAUGGAAUGGAAAGAGGUGAGAACGCUAGAUGGGGUGACAGUUUUUGCUAGUUCUUUUUCAUCUCUUUCUAGGACUUACGUCGCUGAAAUAAUGAGAAACAGUGUCUACUUCUCUAAAGUCCUUAUCUAUGGAAAGCGUUGCAUAUUGUUCUCGCUUGAUGAGCAUAGAUAUUAUCCCAAUAAGCAGUGUCAUGACUGGAUAGAACCAGAAGCUUUUGAGAACCUCUGGAUUGAACCACCAAAAGAAUUUGCUGGCUGGAUGUAA